AUGGCUAAAGUCUCAGCUACUAAGAAGACUUCGGUCAAGAAGGCCGAGAUUCCCCCUCAGCUGAUCGCCUCGAUUGCUGCUUUCCUGUCCGAGAAUUUCCCCCAGACUAGCGCCGCAUUCACCAAGGAGGCCAAGUCAGACAAGAAGAGCGAUGCGAAGAAUGUUCCUUCUCUUCUUAAGCUUUUCCAGGCCUCGGAGAAGGACUCCAGCGUGAAGAAGGCUUCUAGUUCCAGCUCUUCCUCCAGCUCGAGCAGCAGCUCUGACAGCGACUCGGACGUCGAGAUGGGCGAGGCUUCUCGCUCCUCCUCAUCCUCGUCUUCUUCUUCCAGCUCUGACAGCGAUGCCGACGACGAAGAUGACGAUGAUGAGUCUCCUGCUGCCCCCGUCACUGUCCAGAAGCCCUCCGGCGUCAAGCGCAAGGCCGAGUCCAGCAGCGAGUCUAGCAGCUCAUCUUCUGACUCGUCCUCGGAGGAUGAGAACCCCAAGGCUAAGAAGGCCAAGAUCUCUGAGUCCCCUAAGGAAGCCUCUUCCUCCUCUUCUGACUCCUCUUCCUCGUCAUCUUCGGAUUCGUCCAGCUCCGACUCUGAUUCCUCGUCGAGCUCUUCUUCAUCCUCUUCUUCCAGCUCUUCUUCCGACUCCUCUUCCGACUCCUCUUCUGACUCUUCCUCCGAUUCCUCCUCUGACUCCUCUUCCGAUUCCUCCGAGUCCGAGUCCGAGAAGGAAUCCAAGAAGACCUUGAAGAAGGCCAAGAACACUCCUCUUCCCGAGUCCGACUCCUCCAGCGAUUCCGAUUCCUCAUCUACCAGCAACACUCUCGCCGCUUCUCCCGUGACCGAGACCAAGCCCGUCACCAAGAUCGUGCAGGUCGAGACCACUUCUUCAAGCGCCAGCCCCGCUCCCGGUAACGGCCCUGCUAAGAAGAAGCACCAAGGAGCCCGCCCCACCCCUCUGGCUGCACUGAGCGAAUUGCCCCAUAACCACCCCUCAAACGACUACAUGUCUUACGCCUACGCCGAGCGCGCAUGGCAGGAUCUGUCCGUGACCCGCGGCAAAGGAUUCACCAAGGAGAAGAACAAGAAGAAGCGCGGUUCCUACCGUGGAGGUCCCAUUGAUAUUGGUCCCGCUAAGACCUCUUACAAGUUCGAAGACUAA